UCCAUGUAAAGCCACGGACACCACACAGAGGGCAUCCAUGUUCUGCCUGUUUGUAGCAGAUGCACUUUAGGGCUCAUGCACACGGCCGUUCCGUGCAUUGGGGACCGCAAUUUGCUUCAGCAGCUGUGUACAGCUUCAGCUCAUGUGUCGCCCUUUUAAGGGGAACAGUGUGCGUUGCUCCUUUAAGAGUGGACCCUCCCAUCUGCACAUGCCCAGUAAGUAGCUGCGGCCUGGACGGGGCACUGGCGAUUGUCUGCACAGCUGUCACACCUGGAGCGUCCUGUAACCCCUCCACUGACAGAUCUACAAACAGGGUAAAGCUCGUCACUGCGCUGGGUCGGACUGUUGAAGUUUGAACCUCACCCACUGGAAGACCCCCACUCUGGACCGGCUGUGUGCCCUGGGUGCCACAGAUGGUGACUUCAUGAGUCGGACAGCAGUGGCUACCUAUGAUCCUGUACGCCUGCAUCGUGAGGCUGCAGGAUGGUCUCCCGCUCUCAGCUUCCACAGAUUUCCACCUGAACAAACAAGUGUUGGAGUGCAAGAGAUGGCUGAGGAGGUUAUGUGUGAGCCUGUGCCAGCGGCCGGCCAGGGGCACUGCCAUGGUGUGCGACCACAGUAUCCACUUCCGCUCGGCAGGUGACGUUUCCUCUCUGACCAUCUGCUCCAGCAGUUUCCCGGUGGCCGCGGCGUUCUCCUUCCUGGAGGAGCUCAUCUGGGAGUUCUCAUCCUCCUACAAUAGCACCGCCAUCGCUCUGGCAUCCAGACCCUACACCUUCCUGGAGUUCGAUCGUGUCAUACAACGUGUGAAACACAAUUAUAACUAUGGCGCCAGCCCGCCAAUCCACCUGGACCGCGGCACCACGCCUGUCACUGUCCAGCUUGAGGAGGUAGCGGAGCUCAAUGGCGUUGCAAAUGGGCACACAGCUGCACAAGUGAGCCCAGCCAAUCACAGAAUGGGCUCGGUGAGCCCCCUGGGUAUCCUGUCGCUGACGCUGAACAUCAUGUGCGCUGCGCUGAACCUCAUCCGAGGAGUCCACCUGGCUGAGAACUCAUUCCAGGACGGAUAUGACAAUGCAGGAAGAGUUCUGGCUUUUCUCAUGGCUUUUUCUGCGUCUAUAUUACAGUGUUACCUCUACCUUUUCUACUGUCCGUCCCGCACCUUGAAAUCCUGGGGACUGCUCCUCGGCAUCGGCCUGUGUAACCUGCACUUGUACGGACUGCGCAGCCUGUGGCAGAUCGGCUUCCAUGUCUUUGUGGCGUUCCUGUCUGCGGUGCAGAUCGUGAGCCGGAGACCUCUGGACAGACACAGCGACUGUGGGGUGUAACGACCGGCGAUGGACGCCUCUUAUUUAUAUGACUUUUAUUUAAUCUUUUUUUUAUAAAUGAACAUACAAGAACCUUCCUGACAAUUACUAUGCUCCUGCACUCAAUCAUUAUAAAUCAGGCCACUAGAUGGCGCUGUUCUAUCCUGCACUCCAUCAUUAUAAAUAUGGCCACUAGAUGGCGCUGUUCUGUGGCCACUAGAUGGCGCUGUUCUAUCCCGCACUCCAUCAUUAUAAAUAGGGCCACUAGAGGGCGCUGUUUUGUGUGUCCAUUAGAAUUUUAUUUUGUGUUUUAUCUAAUGGCCACUGGGGGGCAGUAUGCCUCUAUAGCUGGGAUGCCCAACCUGCGGCCCUCCAGCUGUUGCAAAACUACAAUUCCCAGCAUGUCUGGACAGCCUACAGCUAUUAGAGCAUGCUGGGAGUUGUAGUUUUGCAACAGCUGGAGGGCCGCAGGUUGAGCAUGCCUGCUUUAUAGUAUAGUCUUAGGCUGGCAUGGAUGUAGUUGACAGAGCAGUGAUCCAUGGACACCGCGAUCAGCAGGGCAUCAUUUUAGUCAUAUUAACAUAGUAAGCCACCAUUGUCCUUCUGUGUCACCAAGAAGCAAGCAAGCAGAGGACUUCACCCUGGACAUCUGCCCCCUAGAGGUCACUGGUUUCCCUGACAAGAACAUGUCUGCCCCCUAGAGGUCACUGGUUUCGCUGAACGGAUGAUAUAUAAAAAUGCGUUACUGGGAGGAUCGGUUAUCGAUCAUUUGCCCAUGAAGCUGACAAUUUAUUAGUUACUGUACAUAGUGUCUUGUACUCCAGUCACCUCCAGAGCUGGCUGGCCAUCAGUUUCUUCUGCGGUAUUAUGUAAGCCUUUAUUUGCCAAGCCAAUAAACUCAUCCCUGCCCUUCCCUUACUACUCCUAUCAUCUACUAUAUCACCACCGAUGGUACCACUGCUCCCAUACUGAGCCUGUACUUUCCUAUGCUGACAUCUAGUGGCCAAUAUAAAAACUGCAAUAUUUCAUCAUUUCCAUUUCUGAUUUAUUUCCAAAUGGAUACAAAUUACAAACCUACAAUUUUCAAAUUGCUUUUCUAAGAAAUAAAAAUUAAGUUUCCCUUUAA